AUAAGCUGGGUGGUGUGUGUGCAUAUAUAUAUAUCAGCCCCGAUGUUGCCUGCUUGUUUUGAUAAACCCCAGCUGAGGCUGUACUUCACCGGAGGCGUCGUGCCUUGACCUUCGCCGGAGCUUGACGAAACAGUCGUUCGUUCAGCUCCGUUUUCAUUCAGCCAAACCAGGGUUGAAAGGAAGAAAGGCGAAGAGUUCUAUAUUUUUGGUUGAAUUUUUUGGAGUGCCCCAAAUUUUCCAUGCGUGAGACCUCAAAGUCUUCUUUUGGAUCUAGCUUUCCACUACCAGGACUCUAAAUCUUCAUGAUUUCUUUCCUCCUUUUAACUGUUCCUCAUGUUUUUUCGGCUUUGAAGUCUUAAAAUUCACUACCUUUUCCGCACGAUUUAACCCUGAAAGCUAAGAAAUGGGAGUGAAAGUUGCCUCAGCCUGUUUGCAAUGGUCACAGCCAGUUCUUCCUCAUUCCCCAUCCUCUUCUCAAACUCUAGCCUCUGCUAUCUCAUCUCCUUCCUCCAGACGGGGAAGUCGUGGCACCAAUGGAGCAGGAGGUGCUCUAGUAUGUCGGUUAGUAAGCAGAUUGGGCCGGUCGAGCCUAUUCGGUUCCCAAUCAACGCGGCUUUAUAGGUCUCCAUCUCGUGAUUACCCGCUCUCGGCAGCUAGAAAAUUAAGAUUCACCUGCGGUGCCAGCUUUGAUUCUUGUUCGGACGACGAAUUCUCCAAGAAGAUUGAAGAUCUAGCACUCAGAUUUCAGCUUUCCGAUGGGAAUAAUAGUGCCACAGAUUCAGAAUCAGAUAGUAUCGGUGAAGAUCAGACACAAAGCCCAGUUUCCGAAGUAGAGAGCAUUGAGCCUCCCUGGGUGGAAAUCCAGAAAGAUCCGCCGGAUUGGAGCACUGGCGGCGGCGAAGAGAUUAUUCCGUCGAUUAUUGAAAGAAAAGCAAACAGCGUGGAGCUUCCGUUUUCUCUGAGAAUCAUAAAGAAGAAAUUGCAGUGGAAAGAGGGCUUCAAAGAGGCGGGUGAAUCUGCUUGUUGCUCUGUAAAGAAGGCUUUCUCUUCCAUGGUGUUCAUAAUCCGUGAGCUCCAUAGCUACACUCUGCAAAUGAGGGAGAUCCUAUUCUACGAAGACCUCCAAGGGAUCCUCGAUCGAGUUCAAAAAGAAAUGCACGCGUCGUUCGUUUGGCUAUUUCAGCAAGUCUUCUCUCACACGCCCACUCUCAUGGUCUACGUGAUGAUUCUUCUUGCAAAUUUCACCGUCUAUUCAAUGGGGCACAACACCGCCAUAGCCACGGCAGCUCCGCCGCCUGCAUCCACGACGGAGAUUGCCUCCGUCAGUGAAAUUCAGCGGAAUAAAAAGUUUGAUUCAUCUGCAGUCAAGACAUUUUCGGUCUCCUCAUCAAGCGGGAAAACAACCUCCAUUGGGGGUAACAAUGGCGGCGGCGGGAAAGUCCGGCCAAUAGCCAGCGGCACAGAUGGAGGUGAUGGGGGGUUUGACAGGUCAGAUCACUACCACCGUACGGUCCUCCCCGACGGCGGCGCUUCUUCUCAAUUUUCCACCGUGGGAACAACUGGGGAAACAGAAUCGGUGACGGUGGGAGAGACUAGAGCGGAUGAAAAUGAAGAAGAGGCGCGUCUGUGGGAAUCCAUUGUGGACGAAGCGAGGACAAUGGAAGCAAAUUCAAGAGCCGAAGCACUAGACCAGGAGACUGUGGAUGGGUUCGUUUCGCCUGUAUCGGCGAGAAUCGAAUCCGACGAUUAUGCGGAGUACCUCAGGACAGAGGUACUGUACCAGACGGCGUUGUUCCAAGAACCCAGUAACCCUCUUCUCCUAGCGAACUACGCUCAGUUCCUCUACCUGGUUGCCCAUGAUUAUGACAGAGCUGAAGAGUACUUCAAGAGAGCGAUAGGAGUGGAAGGUGCUGACGCGGAAGCCUACAAUAAAUACGCAACGUUCCUGUGGAAGGCCAAGAACGACUUGUGGGCUGCAGAAGAAGCCUAUUUGGAAGCCAUUUCUGCAGAACCCACAAACUCAUAUUAUGCCGCUAAUUACGCUCACUUCCUCUGGAACACUGGGGCCGAAGACACCUGUUUCCCCCUUGCUUCCCCAGACACCUCCCAAGAACUUUAAUUGAUCUUUGGAUCACUUACUAAGGGAACGAAAAAAAAAAAAAAAAAAGAGAAAAACAUUUUUUUGGUAGUCUGUUUUUUUUUUCCUCUUAAAAUUGGAGCAUGGAGUCGAAAAAUAAGAUGUCUUGAGGUAUAGGGAGGUGACGACAGAGUAAACGACGGUGCGUUUAACUGUGGCUAUGCUAGUAUUUUAUUGUCGUUGCGUUUACAUUGGAGAUCUGUGGAGUGGAAAGGGGCCAAUGAUUGAAGAUCGAGAAGAUAUGGUGUGAGGAUGGGUGGCGGGGAUGACUUGCUUUUGCACAUAUUAUGGCCUUUAUUUUUCUCUUUCAGGUUUUUCGUUGACAUAAUCACACGGCAAAUUGUAAUUAAAUCUUUUUUU